AUGUCGUUGUGCCAGGGCAGUGCGAUGCAGAAGCUGAUUGCGAAGACCGAGGGGCCGAUGGCGGGUGUCGGCCGGGUCGGUGGGUUUAACAGGCCUAGUGGAGGGCUGGGGCAGAGUUCUGCAGAGCAGCAGCUGCAGGCGCGGGCAGGCGAGCGCGCGUCGCAGAACCGUUUCAUGGCGGUGCUGGAGCCGCAGCGCGAGCUGGGCGGGCGCAUGGCGCGCGGUGACGGGCUGCAGGCGGACUGGGUGCGGCAGUUUUCGAGCAUGCAGGUGGAAGACCCGCUGGCGUUCUCGGCGGAGUAUCAGCGCGCGUACGCCGGGUACGAGCAGCGGCAGGCGGCGCGGCCGGCAGCGCGGGUGCUGGGCUACGGAGGCAGCAUGUUCAUGCCUACGAUGCCGCAGCAGCAGUUGCAGCAGCAGGUGGCGCCGCAGCAGACGGCGCAGGCCGCGCUGCAGGAGGCCGAGCUAGAGCGCUACCUGGAACGCGAAUUUGAUGUUCUUGAGGGCGAGCUAGCGCCGCCCGAGGUGCCGGAGGCGCUGUCGGCGCCGCUGCUCGACCACGAGCAGCUCGGCUUCCAGGAGUCGGCCAAGGCCAUCUACGCGACGCUGUCCGCGCCGAUACACAAGGACAAGUUCGGCGCAUCGAAGUUUAUGGGGCUAAUGCGCCAGGUGAGCACGGGCGACGUUACGCUCAGCAAGUCGGAGAGCGGCUACACCGGGUUGCACAUGACUGCGGGUGGGGAGGCCGUCGGUGCGGAGUACCGUGCGGUGACCGAUGAGGUCGUGCAGGUGCCCGAGGUCGCGGCUGCGCUUCCGCUGGCCGGCGAGGAGCGCUCCCUAGCGAGUCAGAUGGAGGAUCUGUUGAACAAAGUGGACAUCGCAGGCCUGUCCUCGAACGAGGCGGCCAUGCGGAUCCUGAGCUAG